AUGCAGAAACUUCUCAUUUCACCAAAUGAUGAAGUGGCAAUUUCUGUCGCGUAUCUUUCGCGACAUUAUAAACCAUUAACUUCAGAUUUCUGUCUUGCUACAAAUCUUAAAUACUCGCACUCGAUACGUGACACUAAACUUAAGAAUAGACUUCUAAAAAGUAAACAAAGUCUUAGUUUUGAAAUAGUCUGUCUUCGAAAUGGAACUUGA